AUGGCGGAAUCAAAAGAUUCUGUUAAUAUCGAAGAUAGUGAACAAAAGAGUAAUGAUCAUAAUAAUAUAAAUGUUUCAGAAAAAGGUUUUUCAAAGAGUUUGCAUGUUGGUGGUCAAAAAGUGUUAGUUGUAGAUCAUCAAAGUGAAAUGUUAAGUGGUGAAGGAGCUCUUUCUUGUUGUGUUAUUGGGUCGCCUGAACAUGUAGCUGCGUUAAGAGUAAAAAUCGAUGAAUUAAAAUUAAAUUCUGCUCGAUUAGAACAAGAACGUGCUGCUGCUAUUGAACGUUCUGAAAACGUAGGAAAUCAACUUGACAAACUUGUCAAUGAACUAAAAAAACUUGGUCAUGAAAAUACUGAUUCGAAUUCUGAACAAACAAUUCAUGCUACUGUGCAUACAUAUGGUCACUUACAAAAAUUGGAAAUUAUCGCUGAUGAUGAUGAAGAAGAAAUUAUUCAGAGUUAUGAUAGAUUAAUGAGAAAACCAAGAGUGAGACAGUAUUGGCAUAAAGGAACUUUGCAUCGAGAAGCAGACGAAAGACAUGCAAGUUAUACUGAAUUAUUUUUCGAUUUGAUAUUCGUGGCUGUGAUUAGGAAUUUGGGACAUACGUUAGUAUCAGAUAUUUCCGGAACAAAUUUAGAAAGAUUUAUUUUAACAUUUUAUCCCAUUUGGAGAAUCAAUCAGUUUUCUCCAUUUUUCAUUUCACAUCACAUAAUGGGAACUCAUGCAUCAGAUGUAGUUCAUUCAAAUUUUAUCUUCAUUAUAAGUUAUGUGAUCGUUCGUCUCUCAAUUGCAAUGUUAUACGUCGUGUACGCAAUUUGGAUACCAAUGUUCCGUACAGUUUUUAUCGCAGAAGUAUGGGGAAUUAUAAUACCAACUACAGUUUGGUUUAUUUCCAUUUUUUCAUCAUCAGAAAAUGUUAAUAUUGUUAUGUGGAUAGCUGUUUUAUUUGAUUUCUGUUGGCAAGUCUCCGUUCUACUUUAUCACCGAUAUUUUGCAAAAAAACCUGCAAAUCAUGUUCACACUCGAGAUUUCAAUCAAGUUGAUGCCCCAAACGAAUCAACCGAAAGUUCGUUCUCUUCUCCCACAAAAUCAAGUGGAAAUUUAUCGACUCCUCAUAAGGCAAUGAAAACAAGAGGUACCGAAUUUCAAUGGAAGUGGAUCGAUAUGUUUACCAUUUUAAAGCAAAGUGAAUACCGUACAGCAUUAAACAUUGAACAUUUUAGUGAACGAGUAGGAUUAUUUGCUAUUAUCGCUGUAGGUGAGAGUAUUCUUGGAGUAGUAUACGUGAGUACUAGUGAAUAUCCAGAUGGUCAACUUGCCAAGGCUAUAUUAGGUUUAAUAAUAGCAUACGGUAUACAUUGGAUAUAUUUUGAUGUUGAUGCAAGUAGACAAUUUCAGCAUGCAUUAAGAAGACACGUGCUUAGUGGAGUUUUGUUUGGUUAUGUUCAUUACCCUUUGCUCAUGUCGUUAAUUGCAUUUGGAAGUUCUCUUGGAAGCAUUAUGACAAUAAUAGAUUAUCUUGAUGAAGAAGAAAAUCAUGCUUCUGAUGUUGAAGAUUCAAAUAAUAGUAGUCAUUUAUUAUUUGGUCGGGAAGUAAGUUCAGAAAAUACUAUAACAAAAUUUCCGGAGUCCUUAGCAUGGUUAUUUUGUGCUUCUUUGGCUACUGCUAUGUAUUCCAUGGCGACAAUUGGAAUUUUACAUAAAGGUUUGGACUCUGUUAGUUUAAUGAGAAUUCCAAAGUAUCAACGAAUAACCAUACGAUUCGUAGUAGGCACAAUAUUUUUACUUCUACCUCUGGCGCAUCUCAAUACAUUAAAUUUGGUAGCUAUCGUUGCUUCACUUUCUAUCUUUUUAGUAGUAAUAGAAGCAUACGGAAGAUUAAUACGUGAUUCGCCAUUGGUUGGAAACUGUGAUGAAGAUAUUAUAGGAGGAAAAGGAGGAGCGGAUGAAACUAAUAGAUAUAUAAGAUGGCGAUGGGGAACUGCAGACUUGAGAAGACGGACAUGGUCACGAGGAUUUUUAAAAAGAACUAAGAAUGAAAAUGAAAAGAAUGGAACAGAUGAAAAGAAUAAUAAAAGUGGUGUCAUAAAUGAAAAGAUGAUGUAA